CGCGAGCAAAACCGAUGGAAGUGAUUCGCAGCCUAGUGAACUUAUUAGUAUCCCUGUCUUCGUCCUUCUCCUCUUCCUCCUCGUGAUUCCUUGUCAUCUCUUCUCCCUUGCUCUCUCCUCUUUCCCUCGUCUUUUCGUCUCACCUCCCAGAGUACUGUGUGUACCCUCCUGUCCUACCUCUCCGAGCAAAAUAUCCCUUCAUCCCAUACCUUUCUCUCACACAAUGGCCUCCGCUGCUCGUUCGGCCUCUCGGGCCUUCCUUCGCUCGACCCCUGCCACCUCGGCUUUCAGACCCGCUGCGCGCAGUGCUCGUUAUGCUCUUCCUUCGCAGGGCUUCCGCACUGCUUCGCGCCGGGGAUACGCUUCUGAGGCUGGCUCCAGCAAGUCCUCCAACGGCCUCCUAUGGGCUGGUCUUGCUGCUGCUGGUGCUGCCGGCGCUUUCUUCCUUUUCCAGGGCGGUGAUUCUUCCGUGAGCUCCAAGACCUUCGUUCCCACCCAGGCCGACUACCAAAAGGUGUACGAUGCGAUUGCCAGGAAGCUGGUGGACGAGACCGACUAUGACGACGGCAGUUACGGCCCCGUCCUUGUUCGCCUGGCCUGGCACGCAAGUGGCACCUAUGACAAGGAGACUGGCACCGGCGGUAGCAACGGUGCUACCAUGCGGUUCGCUCCCGAGUCUGACCACGGUGCCAACGCUGGUUUGAAGCACGCCAGAGACUUCCUCGAGCCCAUCAAGCAGCAGUUCCCCUGGAUCACCUACUCCGAUUUGUGGACCCUGGCCGGCUCUGCCGCUAUCCAGGAGUGCGGUGGCCCUGCCAUCCCUUGGCGCCCUGGCCGUCAGGACAGGGAUGUCGCCGCCUGCACCCCCGAUGGCCGUCUUCCCGAUGCCUCCAAGGACCAGAGACACAUCCGUGACAUCUUCUACCGCAUGGGCUUCAACGACCAGGAGAUUGUGGCUCUGAUUGGUGCCCAUGCCCUGGGUCGCGCUCACACUGACCGCUCCGGUUUCGACGGCCCCUGGGAUUUCAGCCCUACCGUUUUCACCAACGACUUCUUCAAGCUCCUGCUUGACGAGAAGUGGCAGCAGAAGAAGUGGAACGGCCCCGUUCAGUUCACCGACAAGACCACCAAGACCCUGAUGAUGCUCCCCACUGACCUUGCCCUGAUCAAGGACAAGGAGUUCCGCAAGCACGUCGAGCGCUACGCCAAGGACAACGAUGUCUUCUUCAAGGAGUUCACUGACGUGUACGUCAAGCUUCUCGAGCUUGGUGUUCCCUUCACCAGCAAGGCCGAGGACCGCUACGUCUUCAAGUCCCCCGAGGCAUAAAUUAUACGCCGAAUGUGUGAAUAGUUCUUGUUCUUGUUAUUUUGGGGAUCUUUUAUAUUCGCGGGGCAUUGCGUUUUUUAACAUUGUUCGACAUUUUGAUAUCCGAUCUAUGUUUUCACGGUUCGCUCUUGGACGGCCGUAGCCUCUCUGUGUGGCAUUUUUUUCCAGCUUGAUUGUCAUAGAUGGCAUUGAAUGAUGGGUUCUAGGUAGAAGACUUCUAGAGCAUCAAUACUAGACCUAUCCGCUAGAGGAACUGGCUUCAACAGGGCUUGUUUUCAAAAUUGAAAGAAG